AUCAAAAGUCAAAAUGCUUCACGAACUGAACAUCACCGUUGACCAGCCACGAAGGACCAAAUGAGCUGACAUCACCCCUCACUCCCUCCAGACCCUCGGCCGAGAUGCCACCGCGUGCGAAGAAGAAGGCAGGACCGAUCGAAGUGGCUCCGAAUGAAGCGACAAAGAAGCGCAACGUUGCUCUCAAGCCAAAGCAGAAGGAUCCUGCGCCAGCGCAGCAUGUCUCAUUACCCAAGCAGAUCCAAUCGGCUAAGAGACGACCCGAGGCCGCUACGGACGACAUUGAUGCCCUACUCAAACCCUUCUACUACCAAAAAAGACUGACGGAUCCCAUCGACACGGCCAAAGAUAAAUGGAACCUCUUGCCCGCCUUCCUCCGCGUCAAAGGCCUGGUCAAACAGCACAUUGACUCCUUCAAUUACUUCACCGAGCUGGAGCUGAAGAAGAUUGUCAAAGCGAACCAGCUCGUCACCAGCGAUAUCACGCCACAAGGGUCGGAGAAAGCGAAAUGGAUCCAAUUCACCGACAUUCGCGUCGGUGUACCCGACCGUCUCGAGGACAAAUUGAACCACAUCGACUCCACCGUCACCCCGAAUGAAUGUCGGCUACGAGACAUGACCUACGCCGCUCCCAUCUACGUCGACAUUGUCUAUCCCAAACAGUCCGGCAAACACACCAUCCGAGACAUUUGCAUCGGCAGGCUUCCCAUCAUGCUUCGAAGCUCUAAAUGCGUGCUCAACGGCCGCUCGGACUCGGAAAUGGCAUUGUUGAACGAAUGCUCGCUUGACCCUGGCGGCUACUUCGUUGUGCGAGGGCAGGAGAAGGUCAUCCUCGUCCAAGAGCAACUCAGCAAGAACAGAAUCAUCGUGGAGCAGAUGAAGGGCAUCAUUCAGGCGUCCGUCACCAGCCAUACCGCCAACGUGAAGACGAAGACGUAUGUCUUGCUGAAAAAGAACGCCCUCUUCCUCAAGCAUAACUCCCUCAACGAAGACAUCCCCGUCGCCAUCCUGUUCCGAGCAAUGGGCAUCCAGUCCGACAACGAGAUCCUCUUUUUGGCAGCGGGAAGUGACGCUCAGUAUCAAGACGAGUUCGCUCCAAAUCUUGAGCUCGCGGCGCAGGAAGGGGUCUUCACCCAGGAACAGGCUCUUGACUACAUUUCCACCCGAAUGAAAGCGGACCGCUUUGCCCCAAGGUUCGGCAAAGAUGCCAAAACACCAAAGCAGGCGGCGCUGGAUAAGCUUGCAAACACCAUCAUCCCUCACGUUACGGUGACAGGGAUGAACUUUCGACCAAAGGCACUCUACGUGGCCUUUAUGACUCGACGAGUGUUAAUGGCAAUGCACGAUCCCUCGCUCGUCGACGAUCGUGACUAUGUCGGCAACAAGCGUCUCGAGCUGGCAGGCCAGAUGCUUUCGCUCUUGUUUGAAGAUUUGUUCAAGGAGUUCACGAAGAACAUCAAGAUGAACAUGGACAAGCUUUUGAGGAAACAUCACCCUACCGAGGAGUGGAACCCGCGGAACACUGUUGAGCAAUUCGCAAUUCGCAUCACCAGCGGCAUGGAGCGGGCCAUCGCCACCGGCAACUGGACCUUGAAACGCUUUCGCAUGGAUCGGGCUGGGGUGUCGCAUGUCCUGAGCAGAUUGAGCUAUAUUAGUGCUUUAGGCAUGAUGACCAGGAUCAGCAGCCAGUUCGAGAAGACGCGAAAGAUUUCAGGACCCCGAGCGCUACAGCCCUCACAGUUCGGCAUGCUAUGCACUUCGGACACUCCAGAAGGAGAGUCUUGUGGACUCAUCAAGAACUUGGCGCUUAUGACGCACAUCACCACCGCGGACGAUGAGGAGCCGGUGAAAAAGAUGGUCUUCAUCCUCGGAGCUGAAGAUGUCACAUCUUUGUGUGGAGAAGAGAUCUACGGCGCGGGUGCCUUCAUCAUCUUCAUCAACGGCACGCCAAUCGCGCUCACACGGCAUCCCAAGCAGUUCCUGGUUGGGUUCCGGAGAUUUCGAAGAAUGGGCAGGAUAUCCGAAUUCGUCAGCAUCUAUGUGAACUACCAGCAUAACGGAGUUCACAUUGCUACUGACGAAGGCAGAGUCUGUCGACCCUUGAUCAUAGUAGAGAAGGGCAGGUCGAAGGUGACUGCUCGAUUCUUGGAAUCAUUACGGAAGGGGACUAUGGACUUUGACGACGCGCUCUCCCGCGGCAUUGUGGAGUACCUGGAUGUCAAUGAAGAGAACGAUUCGAACAUCGCCGUCUACGAAGAUGGCAUUGGCGCCCAUACGACGCACCUCGAAAUCGAGCCUUUCACGAUUCUUGGAGCAGUGGCUGGGCUGAUCCCUUAUCCGCAUCACAACCAAUCCCCUCGCAACACCUAUCAGUGUGCCAUGGGCAAGCAAGCCAUCGGAGCGAUCGCCUACAACCAGUUUGAGCGCAUUGACAGUCUGCUGUACUUGAUGGUCUACCCCCACAAGCCUCUCGUCAGCACCCGAACGAUCGAAUUGGUCAAGUACGACAAACUGCCCGCCGGCCAGAAUGCCAUUGUGGCAGUCAUGUCAUACUCAGGAUACGACAUCGAAGACGCCCUCGUCAUCAACAAGGCCUCUUGCGACCGUGGCUUCGGGCGCUGCCAAGUCUUCAAAAAAUUGAGCAUGCCGCUGAAGAAGUAUGGCAACGGCUACCAAGAUCGCCUGAUCGAUCGAGAUGCCACAAAUCCCCGACACAAGAAGCUCGGCAAAGACGGCCUACCUGACGUCGGCUUCGAGCUGGAAUCAGGCGACAUGUACAUCCUCAAGGAAACACCACUCCAAAAGGACGCCGCCGUGCCUCCCAACCAGCAAACGUGGGCGGCAGUGCACAUGGCCUAUAAACUCCCCGACCCCUGCUACGCCGACAAAGUCAUGAUCUCCGCCAACGAAGCCGACAACACCAUCAUCAAAAUCCAAACGCGCCAGACCCGGCGCCCGGAAAUCGGCGACAAAUUCUCCUCCCGUCAUGGCCAAAAGGGCGUCGUGGGAAUCAUCGCCGAGCAAGCCGACAUGCCCUUCACAGACCAAGGCAUCGUGCCGGACAUCAUCAUGAACCCCCACGGCUUCCCCUCCCGCAUGACCGUCGGCAAAAUGCUCGAGCUUGUGGCGGGCAAAGCGGGCGUGCUGGCCGGCACACAGGAAUACGGGACUGCUUUCGGCGGCAGCAAAGUCGAAGACAUGGGCGCCGAGCUCGUCCGUCGCGGCUUCAGCUACUCCGGCAAGGAUUUCGUCACCUCUGGCAUCACCGGCGAGAGUCUGCCGUCUUACGUCUUCUUCGGCCCCAUUUACUACCAGAAGCUGAAGCACAUGGUGCAGGACAAGAUGCACGCGCGUUCCACGGGGCCGCGCGCGAUCCUCACUCGUCAGCCUACCGAAGGACGCUCACGCGCCGGUGGGCUGCGAUUGGGUGAGAUGGAGCGCGAUUGUCUGAUUGCGUAUGGCGCCAGCCAGCUCCUGCUCGAGCGGCUGAUGAUCUCCUCCGACGCGCACGAGGUGGACGUGUGCGAGGCGUGCGGCAUGAUGGGGUACAAUAAUUGGUGCCAGGGGUGUGCGAGCAGUCGUGGCGUCGUGCGGAUGACGCUGCCGUAUGCGGCGAAGCUGCUGAUUCAGGAGCUGAUGAGCAUGAAUGUCAAGGCGGCUUUGCAGUUGGAGGAUGAAUUUCCGAGGUAGUGAGGGGAGGAAUAGCGGCAGAUCUGGGGUAGAAGAAGAAAUGAAAGACUUGAC